UCCGGUGAGAACACCGGAAGCAAAACAUGAAUGUAACUUGAUACUCUUCCAUCUUAUCGAAAGGAACGGUUUUGCGACCAUUGUGGUCCACUCGGAGUUUAAAAAUUGACACUGUUAAACAAUUCAUCUCUUUAUUGUUGGUGGGUUAUUUUCGGUUCUUGAUUACGAAGCGGGAUGGCGGAAACCAACGCCAGAUAUCAGCAGCUGCCCAAUGAGGAGGACCCAGAAGAAGGUCCACAGGCUGCAGCUGAUGCUCCACCUCCAUACAGCAGCAUAACAGUGGACAGUUCUGCCUACUUUGACAACAAGGAAGACGGGGUUUUCCCAAAGCCUCCAUCAUACAACGUAGCCACUACGCUACCUUCCUACGAUGAGGCAGAAAGAACUAAAGCAGAGACGUCUUCUCUUGUUACAGGAAGACAGCAGCCUCAGCACAGGGAGCACCUGGAGACUUUUGAUGAUGUUAUUCGCAGUUCACUUGAGGACGAGGACUUUGUGACCAGAGAUGAUUUUGAAGACGCCGAUCAGCUGAGGAUAGGAAACGACGGCAUCUUCAUGCUCACCUUCUUCAUGGCAUUCCUGUUCAACUGGAUUGGUUUCUUCCUGUCUUUCUGUCUGACCACCUCGGCAGCUGGACGAUACGGGGCGAUCUCAGGCUUUGGGCUCUCCCUCGUCAAAUGGAUCCUCAUUGUCCGGUUCUCCACAUACUUCCCUGGUUACUUUGAUGGACAGUACUGGCUGUGGUGGGUGUUCCUGGUGUUGGGCUUUUUACUCUUCGUCCGAGGCUUCAUCAAUUAUGCCAGGAUUCGGAAGAUGGCUGACACCUUAUCCACUUUGCCCCGCACCCGGGUCCUCUUCAUCUACUGAGCUUGCAACCCACCCACCAGUAUUCAUCACUGUUUUUAUGUCAUCUUUAUUUUCAACAUCUGAUAUUUUGCAAUCACAAAAGGGGUCGUUUUAACCUCUUCUUGACACAAUUUGGACAAUGUGGCAUCUUAAACCCCCUUUUGUUUGCUAAAUCAGUGACGGGUGAAGAAAUCUGCACAACACUGGAGUUAUCGGUGAUCUGUGAAGUGCUUUCUGUGAUUAUGUGAUGUUUAAAUGAAUGCCUUAUUGUUUUACCGUUUGUUGGUAGCAGCAACACGUGUUGUCCCUCACUCGUAGCCACCAGGGGGCACUCUUGUUUGUGUUAUUUUCCUUCAGGUGUUUUUUAUUUUUACUGUACAGAAAGGUGGUUGUUGACCAAGCUUCUGUGGGUGAUCCUGAGGUCACAGGUUGAUUAACUCGAUGUGAGGUCCUGUAUUCCAGUUUAUUGUACUUUUACCUUUUCUCAACAAUGCGCUUUACUGCUUGUGUGUUAAUAAACAAUCACACUAUUUAGCUUUUGAAAAACAACCAGAGGACAGAUUCAUCCCUUAAUAUAUUUUUGUCUAUGCAUCCGUAAAUUGUUCAUUUAUUGUGCCGGCGUUUCUCGUCAUCAAACAUCCUGCCGGGAUUUUUACAGCUUUUAAAGUUUUUGUCAGGAGGUGAUAGUUUGUCACGACUUAAAUGUGAGAUUUUCUCCUAAUUAUCCUAAUUAUCUUCUUUUUCCUUAUUUAAUACAGUGAAGUAAUGAGAUGUUUCUUUAAUUAUUUCACUGUGUUAAAUAAGAAAAAAAAAGAUAAUUAUGAGUCAGCACAGAAUGAAAAUACAGUAGAUUUUCUCCUGUCGAAUAAAUACUUCCAACACCCUGUAACUGUGA